GAAAAGUCUCGCGAUAGGCGCUUACUUGCACGGCCGCCAUAUUGUGUGACACUAUUUUGAUUCUUAUCUGUUGGAAGUGAAAAGGAAGAGAGAAAAUAAGGGGGAGCAGAGGGGGGAAAAGCAGAAGAGCUGUCAGAAGAUUUCCCGAGUCUGAGAAGCAGCGGGGCGGCGUGUGUUUCUCCCCCACCGCGGUCUGUACCCGAGCGGGCCUGGUUCUGCUGGCGGCCCGGCCCAGCACAGUUCCGCCGCGGCGUCUCGGGGGUUGCAGGCGGCCCGGGGAGCGGCGCCCAACACGAAGAUGCUAUGAUAGUGUGAGCGAAUGUGCUGUGGUCAAGUCCGUUCGGUUUUGGCAUUUGACGAAUGGCACAGGGAAACCAGCAGAUUGACAACCAGGUUCUGCACCACCUGCGGCAAAAGUUUCCAGAAGUACCAGAGGACGUGGUGUGUGAGUGUGUCCUACAGAACAAGAGUGAUUUGGCUGCGUGCUGCGAGUAUCUGACCAAGGUGAGCCCUCGUUUCCUGUACAGUGAAGGCAGCCAGAGUUUGACAGAUCUCCGCAAUCACAUGACCCAGCUCAACCUUGGCGUCUCCCAGAAUACCCAUGGUGCAGUGCAGCGAGAUGCAGUCGGGAUGAACGGCAGCCGGACUCUCGCCCCCAGUGUGAGUGACGGGCCCCUAAAUGUGCCGUCCGCCCUGUCUGAGUUCUACCAGCCUGAAACGCCCUCUGUGCCCACACACACGCCCGCCAGCCUUAGCAUGGAGUCCACCCGCAAGCCGCAGCCUCCUCAGCACCUGGGCCUGUACCAGGUUGGGGGCAAAGGUCACGCGCCACCUCAAGCCCCACGCUUCAACCCCAUCACGGUAACGCUGGCGCCCAACACCGGCCGAAAUACUCCUACCUCCCUGCACAUUCACGGAGGGCCUCAGUCGGGUCUGAACAGUCCCAACUCCAUCUAUAUUCGGCCCUACGUGACACAGCCAGGCUCGACCCGUCAGGUGCAAUGCCGAGCGCAGUACAGCCCCACAUCCCAGCCCGCGCAGCAGAUCUACCAGAUCACCCAUCCUGCAGCACCGCAGAGCUCCUGGAGCCAGCACCAAACCUCUCAUGUCUACAUGCCUAUCAGCUCACCCACCAACACACAGGCACCCUCCAUACCCUCCGCGGUGGCGUCCCAGGCCGUCUCCUCAUCGCCUCUUCCCUCGUCCGGCUCCUCCUUCAGCCAGUAUAACAUCCAGAACAUCUCCACUGGCCCCCGCAAGAACCAGAUAGAGAUAAAGCUGGAGUCUCCCCAGAGGGGUUCAGGUUCAUCCUCGCUCCUGCGCUCCAGCUCCGCCCCACGCUCCGCCUGCAGCUCCACCUCUUCUUCUUGCCCCUCCUCCUGCACCUCUCUGGCUUCAAGUUCCGGGUCUUCCACACCCAUCUCCAUCGGCGGCGCAGGCCUCAGCCGCAGCCAGCCCACCGUCUACAUCUCUCCGUCUCCACCCACUGCUGCUACUGCCCCGUCGGAGGACUGCGCCCUUGUCCCCAACACCCCUCGCUCGCAGCCGAAGAUCUACUUUUCUGCAAACACCUCUGCGGAUGACGGAGGGGGCAGGAACCCGCCUACAGUCUACAUCUCUGCUAAUCCCGCGCUGCAGGGUCCCGCUGGCCUGCGGGCUUUGGGAAGCCAGAUGAGCAUGGGUCCUGCGUAUAUCCACCACCACCCGCCCAAAUCCCGUCCCUCCGUUGGAGCUGGAGGCACGGCCACAUCGCCUCGGGUGGUUGUAACGCAGCCCAACACCAAAUACACCUUUAAAAUCACUGUGUCCCCCAAUAAACCCCCAUCAGUGUCUCCUGGAGUGGUGUCGCCAACGUUUGAGCCGAACAACAUGCUUAGCCUGCCUGCCGAUCACCACUAUGCAGAGCCGGAGAUAAGCCAGCCGGACCCGAUGCGGGACAAAGCCGUGGAGCCCCGCAGACUCAGCAUGGGUGCUGAUGAUGCUGCAUACACACAAGCUUUGCUAGUGCAUCAGAGAGCCCGAAUGGAGCGAUUGUGGCAUGAGUUAGAGCUGAAGAAGAGAAAGCUGGAGAAGCUAAAAGAGGAGGUGAAUGAGAUGGAGAGUGAUCUGACCAGGAGACGACUGCAGCGCUCUAACGCUUUCUGUCAGAUCCCAUCUAUUGAGGAGAUGCAGCAGUUGAGGUGUAAAAACAGGCUUCUACAGAUUGAUAUUGACUGUUUAACCAAAGAGAUUGACCUUCUUCAGACACGAGGACCAGACUUUAAUCCCAUUGCCAUUCACAAUUUUUACGACAACCUUGGUUUUUUGGGUCCUGUACCUCCAAAACCCCUUAAAGGUCCUACAAAAGCAGCUGCAGAUCACACAGGUUCUCUAGACAGGAGAGGCCGCAGAAUAAAUGUGAGCUCAAAGUUAAAGAGAGACCCGUCUCUGCCUCCUGUACCUCCUCCUGCCGCCGCUGUGCCCACGGAGGUGAGCCGGACGGAUGCGGGUGUGCGUGUGCUGUCAGAGCCCGAGGAGGACGAUGGCGUUCAGUGGAGCUGCACCGCCUGCACCUUCCUCAACCACCCCGCCCUCAACCGAUGUGAAGAGUGUGAAUUCCCACGCAAUUUCUGAGCCACACACACACGACACACAGCACGUGUAAACGUGGAGACUGCCACCGUUUGGCCUCCGCCAGGACACAUCUGCUGGAGGCUUUCUGUCCAAAGCUUCGUCUUUCCCUUCUCACAGUGUCAUUGUGUGUGUGUGUGUGUGUGUGUGUGUGUGUGUGUGUGGAAGAUCAAGGGAAAGUUCACCUGUAAAGAGGCUGAUAUUAACACGUUUAUUACGUCCACACACACACACACACACGCGGUUUACAUGUGUGUGCGCGCGCGUACGGAUGCCAGUGUGCCUUAUUCAUGGGAACGGACGGUGACUGUUUUUCUGACUUUGUUCCCAAAGCAUGAUAGGCGGAAUCUGCUAAACUCGCAGUUAUUUUGUUUGCUAAAAAAAAAAAAAAAGGACAGAAAAAAGUGCAUGCGUUAGAUGUACAGUUUCAAAAGGCAACACAGAAUUUACUGUACAUAGUUUUAGAGUGAGCUCCUCCAUGGCCAUUUUAUCUCUGGAGAUUUCACAUGUAUGUCCUGUAAGUAUAGCGUUAUAGACGUCAUUUAUUUCUCUGUUUUUCGUUUCUGUCAAGUCAGUAUGGAUUCCCAUCGUCAGCUUUCUUGAGAACUUUAAAGGGAUGUGCAAGUGCAAGCGGCGAAAUGCUCUGCACCGUAUCAGCGUACGAGCUGCACAUGCAGCAAAACAGAUCUAGAUUUUAUUAAUAAGGUACUUGACCUCAGAGCGGUCAAAGGACUUUGCAGGAAACCCAUCAAAGCCCUCGAUAUCAAAUGCUUUCCUUUGUGACAACUGGAAUGUAGGUUUAUUAUUAGGAGAGUUUAUACCCUUGUGCCAAACAUCUUUCCUUGCUAUGCAUUGAUGAAGCUUCUUCAGAGUAUUUGCAGUCAUGUGGGCUUAAGAGAAAAGACUUGGAUGAAAACACACUCAGUGCUCGCUAGCCUUUGUGGCUCAGGUUUUAUAAAUUGCCACAAACACAGGAAGAGCCGACGAAACCUUUCUCCAUGUGCCUUUGUCACGGAUAUAUGUGGUACAUGCACAGUGCCUUCGCUUGCGCACGGAUUGAAACGGAUCCUCGGAAGUGUUUUGUAAGUUUAAAAGUUUAUCGAGCGAAAGCUCUAUUGCAGAAAAGCGAUGUUCUGUCGUUCAUCCUCACAGGAGUGCGAAUGCAUAACGUGUGCAUUGACCAGUUGAAUGAGGCUGUUAUUUAUAAAACAAACAAAUACACCUUCUCCACAUGCUGGUUUCUGAAGGCUGGAGGUUUACUCGGUCUGCUUUUCUGUUUUCGUCUUUCUGUGCUGGUUUCACUAACUCUGCAACAACCCAAAGAAACCAUUAAAUCUGUUUUUAAAAGAAAACCAGGAGAGACGUCUUUUGGAGAUUCGGUCUUUUUGUUUUGGUAAUCUUAGCUGGGAAAACUCAUAAGUUAUUUGUAAAAUUAAGGAUGAUUAUAGUAUAAAUAAUAAUUAAAACACAAAACAUG